AAGCGCGCGGACCAAACCGGAAGUUGUGAUUUGCUGGGAAACGAAAAUGCAACUACAGAUGAAUUACUUCAGCUGUUGUGUUUGAGGCUCAGCAGACGUGUGUAAGGUAAAUACACAGAACAUGGAUCUCCUUGUGAGACAUGAAAUCUACAUCCCAGAAGAUGCCGAGGUGAAAAGCAUCCCUCUCAGUAGUUUACCAAACUCAGUGCUGAAGCAAAUGGGCCUCUCUGGGUCCGACCCCGACGGCUCCAGGAGGCUCACGGACUCCGCUGUGGGUGUAUGGAUCUGUCCUGCAGUCCUCCGACAAAAAGGCCUGAAGCGAACCUCCAACCAAGGGAACCCUCAGUUAGAAAGUAUGUCCUCGAAGAUAGCCAAAGAGUUUCGGGGCUCGCCAGGACCGUUCAAAGUGUCUUUUGUCUCCUCCAACAAAGCGGCUCACGAGGCGUUGAACGAAGCCUUACAUGGAGACACGUUAACCCCCCGCCCCCCCGCCUUGCCUCCAGGCUUAGCGCCAAAGACCUACCAAGUGGCCGUCAUCAUCUAUCAGGGGUGCGUUUACCUGUCCAUCAGGGAGCGCGGUCGAUGCAAGUGUCCAGGAGAGACAAAAGAUCCACAGCCGGCUUCCAAAGCGGCCAUUCUUUCACCACAGCCGGCUUCCAAAGCAGCCAUUCCUUCAGCACAGCUGGCUUCCAAAGCGGCCAUUCCUUCAGCGUCAGACGCGUCCUCUAACAUCCAGAAGAAGCGCCCCGCCCCCCAGGCUUCUCUUAAACCACUUAAGAAGAGACUGCGCAUCACUUUGACCCCCAGGUCGAAAUUCCCAAGGAAUCCUGUCAAAACACCCAACACCACCACCACCACCACCACCACCACAGAGCAGAAGCCGCUGAACGGCAACACAACUGACCGGAAUCUCAUCAACAGUAAAGCAGCACACAGUGAACACAGAAAGGAUGUGACACACAGCAGAAGGGGAGGUUCCUCACCCCCGACUGCACCUUCAGUCCCCCAGUCCACUGAUGGAGCGCACAGACCAGACAACCCUGAAGCUGACGAGAAGCAGCGUGCAGCGGACACAGCAGACCGGGUUCAACAGGAGACCCCCUCUGACAGUGAGACCCAGGAGCCGGGCAGUGACCGAGCUCAGAGCUCCAGUCAGAACAAUAACACGGAUGUGGAAAUAGAGCUGGGCAGUCAGAGGUUGAGCUGGAGAGAGUCUCAGGGUGCCUCCGCUCCUCUGCUGCUGCAGGAGUGUGACUUUAAGGAGCUGGCUCAGGAGGAGGAGAUCGCUAUCGCUAAAGCGCGGCUCCUACAGAGUGAAGCCGCUCUGAAAAACCUGAACUCGUCAAAGUGACAGAAAAAAUACAAAUCAAGGCGUGUGUAGCAGCACAUUUUUGCUUUUUUUUUAUUUUUGCUAAAUUAAUGUUUAGACUCCGGGGUCCAAGUUUUUGUUUGGUGAUCACUUCAAUUCAGUUUCUGCAAAAAUUUGCAAUAAAGAAAUUAUUGAGUUCA